GACGAAUAAUAUAACGGCACCAUAUCGCACUAUUGAAUCGAGCAAAUAGACACGAGCGUAUCUUCGAACAGUUGUGUUGAUAGUGCACUCAUCGAUCGCGAGCGAGGUUACGCCGAGUCCAAACAGAUGUACGGAGCGGGUGGGAGGAUAAGUCGUUCAAGUCGUUCGGAUUUAUAGAUCGCUUAUAGAUCGCGGCUUUAUCGUUCUUCCUCAAAAUCCAGAAACGCGUGUGUAACUUCAAGGACGAAUUAUACAGACAGCGAUUUCGAAGUUUCCGCAUAGAGACGAAGCCUAUCUGUCGAAAGUCCGCUAUCCUCGGAGUCUCAAGGUUCAUGAAUAAUUGAGGAAGGAGGAGCACACAGGAUUAUCAUAAUGCGUGAAUGACGCCACGCGAAAUCUUCAUCAAGCAGGCGCAUCGGAAGCGGCAGAUCUGUCAAAGGGUGAUCAAAAGGUAGACGAGCACAGCUGUUUAAACGACGAGCCGACUGUCCAAACGAGUCCCGAGAUGGGCUGCUGCGGUUGUGCGGACGAACCGUCGUCCAAAGUGGAACCGACGACACCUCAAAGUCAAAGUUCGCCCAGAAACUCGGACCAGAUCUUCGUUAAGGAUCGAUCAUGCACCGACAUCUUGACACUGCUCGUCCUGCUUGUACUCGCGGGUGGUUUCGCCUUUAUGCUGACGAACGUUGUCAAGAAGGGUGACAUUUACCGCGUGAUAAAUGGCUACGACGAUUGCGGUCGCGUCUGCGGCCGCAAAACCGUGCGCGAAAGCUAUCCACGAACCAACUGUACAAACGAAGACUUUACUCGUAUGAAAUAUGUCGAGAUCGACAUCAGCCCAGGCGCUGUACCCAAACGCAAAUGUGUGGAACGCUGCGAAGACACGAAAGAAAGUCCCAAAUUAUUAUUUUUAAAUCGGUGUAUACUCAACAUCGAUAAGGUAAAAGACACUAUCAACUCUAUUGUCAGAAGCCUGCGCUUGGACAGCUUUUUUAACGAGGCAGUCACCGAUUUAGGAAUUGCAUGGCGCGAAUUGCUUUAUCUCUUGCUCAUAGCUUUGGCACUUUCUCUUGGCAUUUUGGUGGCUUUCCGCUAUGUGGUACAAUAUGCUGUUUAUCUCGUGUUGAUUGGCGUAGUCGUGGCUUGUAUCGGUGGCACGACGUAUUUCUGGUUGGAGUGGUAUCACGAGAAGAAAAGUAUAGACAAAAAUGAAAUCACGUCCGAAGAUUCCAGUAUAGAGUCCUAUUUUGUUUACGCUAUCAUAGCAUCAGUCGUUACUGUCAUCGUGCUCCUGGUGAUUCUAGUGAUGAGAAAGAGAAUCCAAUUGGUCAUGCAACUCUUUCGGGAAGCGGGCAAAGCCGUGAGCGCGAUGCCGGCGCUGCUGUUUCAGCCAAUUUACACGUAUCUGCUCCUCGGAUUCACGUCGGUGGCGUGUGUCUACUGUAUGCUGUGGAUCGAGAGCGCCGGUGACAUGUACAAGAACAGAAAAAACCACGUUCAUUUUAGAAAGGAUGCGCUAAUUAUUGCAACAAGAUGGUACAACCUGUUUUGUUUCUUCGUGGCGUAUGAAUUUUACUUGGGUUGCCAACACAUAAUUGUCGCUUGUGCCGUUGCCCGGUGGUUUUUUACGAGGGACAAGAAACGUCUAUCCCUGCCAGUGGUAAAAGGCUUCGGAUACCUCAUAAGAUACCAUCUCGGCACCGUUGCCUUCGGAGCUUUGAUAAUAGGAAUUGUCCGAAUAAUUCGGGCCAUGAUAUCCUUCACCCAGAAACAUCUCAAGCAAUAUGACAACGCUUUUGUAAACGCGAUUCUUUGGUGUUGCCAGUGUUGUCUUUGGUGUUUCGAAUGCGCUCUGAAAUUUCUCACCAGAAACGCUUACAUUGAAACUGCCAUAUACGGAUGCAACUUUUGCACAGGCGGAAGAAAAGCAUUCCAAGCUUUGUCCAGUAACAUCCUACGAGUGGCAGCGAUUAACAGUGUCGGUGAUUUUGUUCUCUUCUUAGGCAAAGUUCUCGUUGUCACAUUGACCAUGGUUGCUGGAGUUUAUUUGAUGCAGGUACAGAAAAAAGAAGGACUUCAUCAUCCUUGGAUACCAAUCGGUCUUGCGGGUAUAUUCGCGUUCUUGGUCGCGCAUUGCUUCAUAUCUAUUUACGAGAUGAUUAUUGAUACGAUAUUUAUAUGUUUCUGCGAGGAUUGUGAAAAGAACGACGGCAUCAGCCGACCUUAUUUCAUGAGUCGCGGCUUAAUGGAAUUCGUGGAGAACAGUAAGAAAGCUUUAAAACAUCUGGAUCAACGGCAAAAUGAAGACAUGUAACGGCGUUGAAGAUGUUUAAUUCUUUCUGACAAAUCGUGGAUUGAUUCCACUUUCAUUUAUAAAUCAACGUGCAGAAUUUGUUAGACAAGUUAGUUUGUGCGUGAAAACUAUUAAUGGACGUUCUUCCGAAUGAGUUUUCGAAAAAUAGUUGCCGAAAUGCGCGAAAAAGAAAUAUAAGAAAACAAGGCAUUUUCCAUACAUACGCACAAAGUUGUCUUCUCUCGACGUAGAGCACAGUUACCGAAGUCCUUCCACGCCAACGAAAUGUAUACAUCACAAUCGAUCGCACCGAUCGAUUCAACGGACUGAUUAUACUACGAAAGAAUGUUACAAACCACAUUCUAUAUUUUCGAAGUUCCUACAUCUAAAAAUAUUUUUUAUAUGAUAAAAGAGCUUUUUCUAUUAUAUAUGAUUCUUUCUUAUAACCGAAACGUAAUGCGAUGUUCGCGUUAUUUUUGCGAACCACACCGUUUGACAGCUUAGUUUCUUUUUUUUUUUUUUUUUUACUGUUA